AUGUCUGAGGCUACAAUACCAUGCAUCACGCUGCACGAGAUCACACCUGCAACAUUCAAAGUUAUGCUUCGGUUCAUUUACACGGAUGAAUGGCCUGGAGAAGACAGGCUUGAGGACUCCUCUGCUGAGAUGUUUCAGGAUCUACUCGCUGCGGCCGAUCGGUAUGCAUUGGAUCGACUGAAGGUUAUUUGUGCCCAGAAGUUAUGGGAGAAAGUGUCUGUAGAUACAGUUGCAACUACCUUAGGUUGGGCUGAAACCUACAACUGUCAGGAGUUGAAGAACAAGUGCAUUGACUUCUUUGUGGUAGAGGAAAAUUUCAAGGACCAUGUUCACCGAUGGUUAUGCGCUACUGGUUCUGAAUUUCCCAUUAAUUACUGCCGAGCUCAAAAGGAGGGUUAG